ACUAUUGUGACUACUAUUUAGUUUGACAAAUGUCAAUUAUCUCCAAAGGCAUAGUUCCCCAAAAAAAAACCAUGACUUCUUCUUCUCUCCUCUUUUUCCUCUCUAUCAUUUCUCUCCUUUUCCCCUUCAUUUCUUCAUCAAACUCCCCCAUAACAAUCCCUCUUUCAUUUCUUAACACCAACCCAAACCAAGAUUUUUACCAAAAGCUUACUCAUUUAGCUUCGUCCUCUUUAGCUAGAGCUCAUCAUAUCAAGAGUUCUCAAAAUUCUUCAAUUUCCAACAUCCCUUUGUUCCCUCAUAGCUAUGGAGGCUACUCAAUUACUCUUCCAUUUGGUACUCCUCCUCAAAAUAUGCCUUUCAUCAUGGACACUGGCAGCAGUUUUGUUUGGUUCCCAUGUACAAAAAAAUACCAAUGUUCAAAAUGUCCUAUUUCUUCACAAAAAAAUCCAACUUUUAUUCCAAGAUUGUCAUCUUCAGCUCGAGUUCUUGGAUGUAUGAAUCCAAAGUGCAGUUUUGUUCAUCCAAAAGCCGACCUAAAAUCUCUUUGCCACGAUUGCGAAAUGCGUAAUACAACAAACUGUGGACAAGUUUGUCCACCUUAUAUCAUUCUUUAUGGUGCAGGUUCCACAGGUGGCAUUAGCCUAGUUGAAACACUGAACUUACCAAACAAGAAAAUACCUGAUUUUCUUGUUGGCUGUUCUUUAUUUUCCUCCCAACAGCCCGCGGGAAUCGCGGGAUUUGGGAGGGGACUUUCAUCAUUGCCAAGCCAAUUAGGUGCCAAGAAAUUGUCUUAUUGUCUUGUAUCUCACAGGUUUGAUGAUAUUCCCAACAAGAGUAGCAUGCUUGUUUUGGACACUGCUUAUGAAAAGUCUAAAAAUUUGAGUUACACCCCUUUGCUGAAAAAUCCAGUGGUUGUUGGAAGAAAUGCAUUAUCUGAGUUCUAUUAUGUUGGAUUGAGAAAAAUCACAGUUGGUGGACAGAAAGUGAAGGUACCAUAUCAGUAUCUGACACCAAAUUCCAAAGGGAAUGGUGGGACAAUAGUGGAUUCAGGCACAACUUUCACUUUCAUGAAUCAUGGUGUUUUUGAGCCUGUGAUGGAUGCAUUUGUGAAACAAGUAAAGGGGAUUUCAAGAGCUGAGAAUAUUGAAAGAUUGACUGGUUUAAGGCCAUGUUUUAAUGUUUCAGGGCAUAAAACAGUGUCAUUGCCAGAGAUGAAAUUUCAUUUCAAAGGGGGUUCAGAGAUGGCAUUGCCAUUGGCAAAUUACUUCUCUAUUGUUGGUGAAAAUAAUGUGAUUUGCUUGACAAUGGUGAGUGAUUCCAGGCUCGAAUUGCCUACGGGGCCAUCGAUAAUUCUGGGGAAUUAUCAGAUGCAGAACUUUUUUGUUGAGUUUGAUCUAAAAAAUGAUAAGUUUGGGUUCAGGAAUCAAGUUUGCAAAUGAGAAGGACGUUUGAGGAAAGGAAACC